UUUCCUUGUUUUAUUCACGUGGAAGAUCUUGCACGCACGCGUGCGCGCUCGUGGUGAGUUGCGGCAGGGCGCUGACCACCGGAAGCCAAGGGGAAGAGGAGCCACAUGCGCCAGCUACCAGCUACCCACUGGGUAUGGUGGUGGUGGUAUCCAUGCGCUGCCAUCCCGCCCGCGCGCGCACCGCCGCUGGCUGCGCGUCCGCCUCCUCCCCAACCGCCCAAGUAAACACCACACCCCGCCGCCCCAAUCCGUAUCGUAUCCCACCACCACCUGUACUCGUGCUCGUGUAGCAGCAGCCGGGGCAGGGCGGCGCAACAGAAAACCAGACGCCACGCCACGCCCUUUGAAUGCCUGCCCUGCCCCUGCCCUCUGACCCGGCUCGGACUCCGUCUCCGCCUCGCCCCUGUCCUCCUGUGCCGGCCCGGCAACGGGCCCGUCACUUUUAUAUACUCCCCGCCUCACCUUCCCCUCUUGGCAGCAGCCGGCGGAUCAUCAUUUUGGCCCCGUGAAUCCACCCCCCCCCCCAUCACCGCCUCACCGGCCGCGGCCUAGUCCACUCCACCACUCCCUCCUCCUCCGGGCGUCGGAAGCAGGCGACCAUGUGCCCGGGGUCGGUGGACGCGGCGCCGGCGGCGGGGAAGAGCGUGUGCGUCAUGGACGCCGCGGGGCCGCUGGGCCACGCACUCGUCGACCGCCUCCUCCGCCGGGGCUACACCGUCCACGCCGCCACGUACGGCCUCGGGGGGGACGACGGCGGCGCGGAGGCGGCCGCCCUGCGCAAGCAGUACCUGCCGCGCGGCGCCGGCGACGCGUACGGGCACCGCCUCAAGGUGUUCCGGGCCGAUCCCUUCGACUACCACGCCAUCGCCGACGCCGUCCGCGGGUGCGCCGGCGUCUUCUGCAUGUUCAACACGCCCGACGACCAGGCGCAGUGCGAUGAGUUGACGGUGGAGGAGGAGGAGGUUCGCGCGGCGCACAACGUGCUGGAGGCGUGCGCGCAGACGGACGCCAUGGAGCGCGUCGUCUUCACGUCCUCCGUCACCGCCGUCGUCUGGACCGGCGACGCCGACAAGGAGGACGGGCACCUCGCCGUCGACGAGAGGUGCUGGAGCGACCUCGCCUUCUGCAGGAAAUUCAAGCUGUGGCACGCCCUGGCCAAGACGCUCUCGGAGAAGACGGCGUGGGCGCUGGCCAUGGACCGGGGCGUCGACAUGGUGGCCAUCAACGCCGGCCUGCUCACGGCGCCGGGGCUCACCGCCGCGCACCCCUACCUCAAGGGCGCCCCCGACAUGUACGCCGCCGGCGUCCUCACCACCGUCGACGUCGACUUCCUCGCCGACGCGCAUGUCGCCGCCUACGAGUGCCCCACCGCCUACGGCAGGUACCUCUGCUUCAACAACGCCGUGUGCCGGCCCGAGGAUGCCGUCAAGCUCGCGCAGAUGCUCUCGCCGGCCGCGCCACGCUCGCCACCAAGUGACGAGCUGAAGGUGAUCCCACAGAGGAUCCAGAACAAGAAGCUCAACAAGCUGAUGCUGGAGUUCGCCAGCGGGGUAUACGGGAAGCUGGACUAGGGAUUCCCUGUACUUAUUCAGUUGAUUAAUUAUAUUUAUAUCCCACAGAUGCAACUAGGGUUGUAUUCUUUUGUAUCUACUAGUAGUGGUUGUAUUCUUUUGUUUCCCCUCAGAAAGGGGAAAUUUGUUUGGUUGGCCAGAUGCACACGCUGUGUGCCCUUACAAGGGUAUUUGAGUGAUCCAUUGCCAAGAAAAGUAUCUAGAUUGAAUAAAGGGGCAAAUAAAAUUGCAGUACUGUUACUGCCUGUGUACAGCUAAUAUGAUGGAGAAAUGCUCAACCUUUAUUCUA